AUGAAUCUCUUAGCUUGGAACUACCGGGGGCUUGGGAACCGCCGUGCAGUUGAUGAGCUUGGGGAUUUAAUCCAAGCAAAAGAUCCCGGGAUAGUUUUUCUAUCGGAAACAUGGUCGACACAAGAACAGAUGAAGGGAGUUCGAGAUAAGUUUAAGUUUGAUGGGUUGUUUACUGUUUCUAAUGAGAGUAGGGGAGGGGGUUUGGCUAUGUUAUGGAAGGGGAGUACAAAUGUAUGGGUUGAUAGUUUUUCGAGUUAUCAUAUUGAUGUUAUUGUUAAUGGAGGAUCUGAGAAUGCAUGGAGGCUUACAAGGUUUUAUGGUGAGCCUGAUACAAGUAUUCGAAAUGAAGGGUGGAAUAUGUUAAGGAUGCUAAGUUCCAAACCAAGGCUGCCAUGGUGUUGUUUUGGUGAUUUUAAUGAACUACUACAACUACAAGAAAAGAGGGGUGGACCGCCAAGGGCUCAUAGUCUUAUGCAGAGUUUUAGGGACGUUCUUGACCUUUGUGGAUUUGUGGAUUUGGGGUUUUCAGGUCCAGAGUUUACAUGGCAUGGUCGUCAUAGAGGGGAGUUGAUUUGGGAACGACUAGAUCGGGGUGUGGCCAACUAUGAGUGGUUGGCAAGGUUUCCUACUGGUAGAAUUAAACACUUGCAUUGUUUUACUUCUGAUCAUCAUCCAAUUCUCCUUUCUUUAGAUUCCAAUGGUGAAAAUCAACGGUGGAAGAGAAAGCCAUUCCAUUUUGAGGCAAUGUGGUUGUCCGACCCAGAGUGCAAGGGGGUUGUUUCAACUGCAUGGGCAUGUAAUCCUGAAGUUACACCAAUGGUAGUGGCAACUAAGAAAAUUAAGAAAUGCAAAAAGAUGCUAAUGACCUGGAAUAGAGACCAUUUUGGGAGUGUUUUGCAGAAAAUUAAAAAAACCAAGGAGCUGUUAUGGGUGGCAGAAGAGGUCUCGGUCAGAACUGGGUGCUUGGAAGAGGUGAAUCGUUUGAAGAAGGAGCUGAAUGUCUUAUAUGAUAGAGAGGAAAGAAUGUGGCAGCAACGGUCUAGGCUUCAAUGGUUGUGA